AUGGUGGAUAUUAUAUUCAAUUCUUCUUUCUUGGGUGAUAUGGGGGAUCAUUCCAAAAAGAAGUCUGGAAUCGCAAUGUGUGUGGGCUGUGGGAGUCAGAUCCACGACCAGUACAUCCUGCGGGUCGCCCCGGACCUGGAGUGGCAUGCUGCGUGUCUGAAGUGCGCGGAAUGCAGUCAGUACCUGGAUGAGACGUGCACUUGCUUCGUCCGAGAUGGCAAGACAUACUGCAAAAGAGAUUAUGUAAGAUUAUUUGGGAUUAAAUGUGCAAACUGUAACAUUGGCUUCUGCAGCAGCGAUCUAGUGAUGAGAGCUCGUGACAACGUGUACCACAUGGAGUGUUUUAGGUGCUCCGUGUGCAGCAGGCAUCUCCUGCCGGGGGAUGAGUUCUCUCUGCGGGACGAGGAGCUGCUGUGUCGAGCUGAUCAUGGUUUACUGAUGGAACGGGCCUCAGCGGGAAGUCCCCUCAGUCCGGGAAUUAUUCACUCCAGGUCUCUUCAUAUUGCAGAUCCUGUGUCCGUUCGACAGCCUCCUCAUCGGAACCACGUCCACAAGCAGUCUGAGAAGACCACUCGGGUGCGAACAGUAUUAAACGAGAAGCAGCUCCAUACUCUUCGGACCUGUUACAAUGCCAACCCAAGACCAGACGCACUUAUGAAAGAACAAUUGGUCGAGAUGACCGGACUUAGCCCAAGGGUCAUCAGAGUUUGGUUCCAGAACAAACGUUGUAAAGACAAGAAGAGAUCGAUAUUCAUGAAGCAACUUCAACAACAGCAUCACAGCGAUAAAACGAAUCUUCAGGGGCUGACGGGUACGCCUCUGGUGGCAGGCAGUCCAAUUCGACACGACAACACGGUCCAAGGGAACCCAGUAGAGGUGCAGACUUACCAGCCCCCAUGGAAGGCCCUGAGCGAGUUCGCCUUGCAGAGUGAUCUGGACCAGCCCGCCUUCCAGCAGUUGGUGUCUUUUUCUGAAUCGGGCUCCAUGGGUAACUCCUCCGGCAGUGAUGUGACCUCCUUGUCGUCGCAGUUGCCGGACACUCCGAACAGCAUGGUAGCGAGUCCGGUGGACACGUGA